AUGGCAGAUCACAGCAACAACAACCACAACACCUCAUCCUCAGGUGCACUACCACCACCUGCAUCCCACCUGCCACUGACUCACGCUGCCACCUCCUCCUCCAUCGCAUCAACCCUCACCAACAACAACAAUGCCCCUCCCUCAAGAUCAAUCACCACCGACAGUGCAUCCAGCAGCACCCUCAGCUUACCCAUAGACACCAAUAUCAACAACGAUACCCAGAGCCCUACUGCACAUAGCUCUACCUCUCGCUCGGCUGUUGCUCGCACCGCCGAAACAACAAACGGCAACGCUAACGCCUCUUCAGGAUUCUCCCUCCCCGCUUCUAAUCCCUUCAUGGACCACAAUGACCCCUUGAACCCAUUCAGCCCUGCCCAGACUCCCAUGGCUACCCCUCUCGGAUCGCCCACCUCGGAGUUGCGUAAACUGAACCUCGGAGUCGAGAGAUAUGCUCGAGCCAUCGAGGAUAACGGGCCUAUAGGUUCCUUCUCUGGCGUCGUCCCUCUGCCUUCGCUCUCCCAGUCUCACCCUAUCGCUUCAAAGAGGCGACCCUCUCAUAUCCUCCUCGACAAGCUGUCGCCCAUCCCUUCCAACGAUCCAUCCAUGUUGUCACCUCAUCAUGACGGGACAACCGCUGAAGCUACGGGCAGGAGCACAGGAUUGAACCUCAACUCGAUCAAGAGGGCCAUCUCGGGAAAGAAGCGCUCGCAGGAUAUGAACAUGAUCGAUCUCGAGUCCAACAGCUACGCCAGCAGCAGUCAACACGAUGCCAAUACUACCAGCAACAGCAACAACCUGAACCACCGCAGAGGCAGUCUAUUCCAGGAUCUGUCCAACCCCUUCGCUACCUCGACUUCGAACUCUAAGAUGGACGCCCAGGUCGCGCUUAUGGAGAGUCUCUCAUACUCGCCUCAACCCAUGCUCUUGCCCACCAUGCCCAGCCCAUCAGUUCUGCAGGAAGCCCCCAACGAGAGUCGGACCAGCGGAAGUGGAGGAGACGACAUCCGACGACGAUUGGAGCAGAGUAACAGUAAACUUUCUACUGAGGCUGCUGUUGGCACGAAGGCUGAUCCAACUAUUAUGAUCGACGUCGACAGCGACGCCGCCACUUCGGCAGGAAUGCGUCGCAGGAAACCCAAGGGAGGAAUCCUCAGUCAACUGCUCAAGCUCCAGAGGAACGAGGCCGCUGCAGCGGCAGCAGCGUCAUCAUCACCUACUGCAAAUUCCUCAGGAUCUAGACGUUCAGCGACACAGCCAGGAUCGGCUCUGCAUGCAGCUGUCAAGAAGACAAAGAAGGGCUUUUAUUACCGGUCGUCUUCCAAAAAUAACUCGUUGGCGGACUUGGCUUCUCCUUCGGUGACUACCACACCCAAGGUGUCACCCAGGAACUCGAAAAUCUUUGACUUGGACCCAUUGGCACCCAUGGCGACGAUCACCCGCCUGCCAACCCAACCGUCGACUUCAAUCAACAAUAAUGCUUCGCCUUUCACCAGAUCUACCGCACAACACCACCAUGAGAAUAUGGAGGAGAUGGAGGCGAUCAGUGCUGCGGCAACAGCGGCUACCCUGAACGCCAACCUGGGUAUCCAACGCGACAUCGCCGAGAUUCUGACGCGUCAGUCCUUCUUGAUCAUGAUCGCCAAGGCCUUGAUUCUCUACGGCGCACCUUCGCACAGGAUCGAGGAGACCUGUGCGCUGUUGGCUAGAAAGAUGGAGGUCGACGCCUCGUUUGCACUUUUGCCCGGUCUGAUGACCAUCUCCUUCAGCGAUCCCGAGACCCACACCAGUGAUACUCGCCACUUGCGAUGCACACAAGGAAUGGACAUGUACAAGCUGUCCAAGGUCUACAAGAUCGCCUGGGGUGUCUUGCACGGCAAGGGAGUCGAGGAAGCCAACAGGGCACUGGAGCGUGUCACCAUCGAGCCGGGAUAUUACCCUGUCUGGGUGACCGUGAUGUCAUGGAUGACCACGGCCGCGUUUGUGGCACCCCUGGCGUUCAACGGUAGUUGGUUGGACACUGCUCUGGCUGGUCUCUGUGGUCUCAUCGUCGGUCUGUUAGGUGUUGUUGCUGCCAAAUUCCCAGUCUACGGAAACGUCUUUGAGGUCACAUCCAGUAUCCUUGUCGGCUUUAUUGCCCGGUCCUUUGGUGACCGUGUUUGCUUCGCGGCGGUUGCGCUUGCGGGUGUAGUUAUCCUCUUGCCGGGAUUGUUGCUGACUCAGUCGAUCAUGGAACUGGCGUCGAGGAAUAUUGUCUCGGGAUCUGUCAGGAUGUUCUAUGCACUCAUGUAUGCCUUCUUCCUCGGAUACGGACUCUCCCUCGGUGCCGAACUUUGGAUAUUCGUGUCGAGAGAUCAUUCACAGCCUUCAGAAGACGUCUGCAAACAUGGCGUCGACCACUGGUGGUUCUUCCUCAUCUUCCCCGCCGUAUCAACAUCUAUCAACAUUGUCUUCAAUGCCCACCCCUGCCAAUGGCUGGGCAUGACUCUUGUCACCGCUGUCGGAUAUACUGUCUCGUAUUUUUUGACCGCCGGCCCUCAAGUCUCACCAGCGAUCGCGGCGUUUGCUGUCGGUAUCGCUGGCCAGGCUUAUGGACGCAUCACAGGCAACCUAAGCUAUGUGCCUCUCUUGAGUGGUGUUCUUUUGCUGGUUCCUGGGAGUGUUGGUGUCAGAGGUGUCUUGGCUUUCAUUGGAACUGAUCCCACUCAGGGUGACCCCAGCCAAGGGUUCCAGUUCGCGCUCAGCAUGGUCAACAUUGCCGUCUCCAUCACAUUGGGCGUGUUUUGCUCCGCGUUGGUGUGGUAUCCUUUCUGGCGCAAGAGCACAUUCAUGAACUUUUAG